AAGAUGUUGAUGUGACCACACCGAGUGGAGAUCAAGUUGGUGACGAUAUGCUGAUGAAGCAAGUGGAAUCAAGGAUGGCGAAGGUAUCUACAGUCAACGAUGAGAUUAAUGAAAAGUUAGAACAGUAUCGUCAAAAGAUGUGCAGAAACGGUAGCGUGCAUAGAAAAAAAACUGCGAUAAACACCUUGGAGAAAGGAACAGCUGUUAUU